UUGGGUUUUUGCACUUUCUCAUUCUUAAAGACUGAAACCAAAAAAACAUUGAAAGAACAACAACACAAUCACGAGUAGCAACCAACGAAGAAGGAAAAACACACAACAAAAUUGUUCCAACACUGAACCUUAUACACCCCACAAAGAUCUUCCUUUUAUAUGUUUUUGUGAGAACCCUUUAACCCCUUUUGUUAUUCUUUCAGUGUUUGGAUCUGCAAUUUUCAAGCUUUUGCAGAAUUUUUUGUUGGGGUGGUUGAAGGUUCGAGAAGUUUUUCAAUUGUGUAGCUUUGGGUUCGUUCCAAUUUGAAGGAGAUUUGGUGGGUUUCUUUGGAAUUGAGAAUUUUUCACUCUGAAUUGGUGGGUGUUUUUUUCUUUACUGUUUUUGAUUAUUUUUUAAGUUGAAAAUUUCUAGGGCGUAAGCAUGUUCUGUUAAUUGAGUUAUUAAUGCCAUGAAGUUUUUGUGAAAAUUUUGUUCACAGACACUUUUUGAAAAGCUGUUAAUUUUUUUUGAACGUUGGAUUUGAAUAUUUUUAUUAAUCUUGUAGGUGAAAAUUGAAACAAGAUUAGAAACAAUUUAUAGUUGAAACCAUGUAAAUUAGUUUGAAAUUAACACUCCAAAACUCAUUCUUGUGUGUGACUUGUGCUGUUUUUUUAUCCCUUUGGUCCCACCCUUUUUCUUUUCAAAACUGAACCAACCAAGUUCAUGUCAUCCUUAUGGAGUAUAGGAGGGAAAGACAUGAAUUUGAGGUUUAUAAACAGAAUGAAAAGUAAUCACAAUUCAGAUAAUCUAAAGGAGCCAUAGUAUGAAUACUUCUUUUGAUAUAAAUUUUGAUGUUUUUAGUCCAUCUAUGUUUACACAAGCUGUAUAUGUUUUUUAGUUAUGCUAGUGUGUUUUCAAGCAUUCCUAGUUGUUUAGAUUUGAUUUAUCAACUGUAUUAUUUGGAUGAUGAGUUCAUGUGUGAUUUGGGAUUCUCUAGAAUGAUUUUUAGGACAUCUGAUUUUUUGAAGAUUUCAAUUUUCUGAAAUGUAGGAAAAGCAAAAAUGAAGUGAAUGAAUUCUGUGGUGCUUUUUAUAUUUGCAGACUAUUAGCCGUGCGUGGCCAUGUAUUGAUAUUUCCUGUUGUGUUGGCCUUGCUGGGAAGACUUAUUUUAUCUCAUUGGUUUGGAUGAUGUUUUGUUAGAAUGCUAGGGUUUCUUAAAAUCUUGCUAACCUCCUACGUAGCUUUUAUCCGCACGAUAAUGGUUGCGGGAAUAUGAAUACUUUUCUUUUUCCAGUUAUUUUGUUUAAGUUUUGAGGUUUGUGGCACAAGUAAAUUGAUGCUUUAUUGGAUUGUUAUGCUUUCAUUUAUUUUUAUGUGUGGAUUGAUAACUUUUGAGAUAUGGUACCGUGCUUCAUUAUGUGUCCUUCUCUGCAUUUUUCCAAAAAAAAGUGUCCCUCUGCAAAAUUACACAGAGCACACCUGGUUUGCAGAGAGGGACAACUUUGUCGCAUUAUUUUAUUCUAUAGUUUGUGUUUUAUUCAAAAUGAUUUUUUGGAUAAGUUCUCAUACUGAUAGGAACCAAUUUUGCAUCUAAGGCAAGGAAGUAAUAAAAUGUAAAGUAGAUGUAGGAAAAACACUUAUAUUAAUGAUCCUAGAAUCAACAUGAACCACCGAAAUCGCCAAACGCAGAGUUGAACCACUAUCGCAGUCGAACGCCACACCUCUGUCAAAACCUCCAGAUGCCAGUCGGUCGGUGACGGUACGAUCUCGGCGAUCUCUGCCUCCCAAGCCGCCAGAACUACUGUACACCAGUUUGGUUGUGGUGGAUUGUCCUCAACUAGAUAGGACACGGGCAUAAGUUCAAGUAAGUGGGUGCGUGUUAUGCCAGUUUUUGUGGUUUGGAUGGCGGAACUCGCUGUGGUAGUGCAGUCACAGGUCGAACGGCAUUCUGCCAUGGUGACGGAGGCUGCACAGCUGAUCUAUGUGCACAUUGGUUUUCCGCCAUCGUACUUAGCACCCUCAUCUUCUCUGUCGCAACUCGCAACCUUCACUGCAGUUUCAGAUACAUUCACCGCUGUUUCCGGUUGAAACUCAGAUUUGUUGAGUUCCUUCUUUGAUGCCGUAGAAUCUCUGAUAGUUACCACCGUCAGUUAGCCGUGAUCGAGAUCAUGUGUCCUGCGACAACGUACUGCUGUCACUCCACUCCCCCCGUCGUUGCGGUGAUCUCUCCGACCCAACGGUCUCCCUUGUCUCCAUCGACUUCUCUCAUUCCGUUCCAACAACAGUUGAAGGAUUUGCUCCAUUGUUGCUUUGACAUUCCCCAAUCUCUAAUUCAUUGCAUCAAUUCAAUUCUCCAUGAUGUGUCUAGUGAUUGGAUUGUAACCAGGCUCUGAUUGCAAUUAAUAGGAACCAAUUUGGCAUCUAAGGUAAGGAAGUAAUAAAACAUAGAGUAGAUGUAGGAAAAACAAUGUUAUAUUAAUGAUCCUAUAGAAUCAAGGUGAUUCUAUGGUGGAAUUACAGUGUACAAGAGAAAAUGAUAAAUGUAGAAAAUGUAAAGGUAAGCUAGGCAAUUCGAGAAGCCUAGAGAUCUCCCAAUUUUAGUCACCAAAUUCUUGCCUCCUCUUACACUAAGUUAGUUACAGCACUAGUGAGAAUGCUUCUCUGCUGCACUUCCCCGCCCCUCCGUGCAUACACCUUACCAAAUCUAUCACACACUCAUUGUGUUUUUCUUAUUUUUUCUUUCAUAUAAUUUAUUCUUAUCGAAAUAAUCUGUGCUCUUGUCUACAAAACUUACUAUUGAUCUCAGAUGAAAACUGAAUUGUACAUCUUUGCUCUUGUUAAUUGCAGUUGAUAAUGGUUCAAGAACUCAUAAAAGACUGAUUUUAUGGAUCCUGAAGGCAAAAAGUUUGGUGGAGGACCAAGGGAGUUGACAGGUGCUGUGGAUCUUAUAAGUCAUUUCAAAUUAAUACCGCACUAUGAGUUUUUCUGCAAGAGGCCACUUCCUGUGUCAAUUGCGGACACACACUAUCUGCAUAACGUAGUGGGAGACACAGAAGUAAGAAAAGGAGAUGGGAUGCAAUUAGAUCAGCUUAUUCAGAAUACAUCUUUCUCCCGAGAUACAAGUGCUCGUAUACAGCCUUUUGACUUAGAUACACUCAAGGAGGCUUUCCAACUAAGGGAAACAGCUCCCGUUGAUUUGCCUGCUGCGGAGAAAGGAAUACCGACAAUUGCAGGAAAAUCAAAAAGUGAGAAAGACAAAGAAAAGAAGCAUAAAAAGCACAAAGACAGGGACAAGGAUAAGGACAAGGACAGGGAGCAUAAGAAGCACAAACAUCGUCACAAGGACAGAAGCAAAGACAAAGACAAGGAUAAGGAGAAAAAGAAAGAUAAAAGCGGGCAUCGUGAUUCCAGUGCUGAUCACUCAAAGAAACAUCACGAUAAGAAGAGAAAGCAUGACGGAGAUGAUGACGCUAACGACGUGCACAAACACAAAAAGAGUAAGCAUAAGAGCUCAAGAAUUGAUGAGUUGGGGGCAAUAAAGGUCGCUGGCUGAAAUAGUUAUGUACUUAGUUCACUCUCUUUUCCUCAAUUGGUUGUUGUUAUUUGUUAAAGUAUGGAGGAGACAUUUGCCUGACAUUUUCAGAUUUCUUGAGAGUAGCUAGGGGACCUGACUAUAAAAUUAUCACGAUGGUGAAUUCACCGGAUGAUGGAAAAGGAAGCAGGUAAAAUAUGCUGAAGAUAAAACUAUAUUCUUGUAUAAUAACAGUUACCUCAUAUAAUUGCUAGUAAACUUUGAUCUUCCUUUUCCCAGUUUUUGGAGCACAGGAUAUAUCUCAACAUGUAUGCAUUGUUUUGACUGAUUUUUUUUUUUUUUACUAAAAUUUUAUGUAGCUUAUAAUAAUAAGACUUUUUUAAACUAGAACUAGAGGCUUCUUGUUUAGGAUAACUGAAAAUAGCUAUGAUGGGGUUAUGUGUGUAUAUCGAUAAUUCUCUACCAUAUAAGCUCCAUUUAUUUAACAUCGACGGAUGGAUAUGUUUGUAUCA